AUGAAGUUCCUUUCACAAGCCGCCAUUGUCCUGCUGGCCACCGGCGUCUACAGUCGGGCCGUCGAGCAACGCGACCUCGCAACCGUCACCGGUGUCUUGACGCAGGUCCAGACUGGCAUUGAUACCCUCGACGCGGCCGUCAAGGCCUUCAACGGCGACCCUGCUCCCGUCAAGGACAAGUCUGACGCGUUGGUCAGCACCAUCAACACCGGGAAGGCCAGCGUUCAGGGGUCAACUCCGUUGACUCUUCAAGACACAAUCGCCCUCUUCAACCCCGUCAACGAGCUCAAGGCUCACUCCAAGACACUCUCGGACGACUUGCUCGCGCGACGAGGCGAUAUCGCGGCCGCCAAGCAGUGCGACGUCACGCGAAACCAGAUUGGCCAAAUCAACACUGCGAGCCAGGGUCUCAUCACAGCUAUCGUCGACAAAGUUCCCCCGGAGGGCAAGGCCAUUGCCCAGCAGCAGGCUCAGGGCAUUACCGAUGUGUUGAACGAGGCUCAGGCUAACUUUGCACCUGAUAAGUGCCAGAAUGCUGCCUAG